AUGUCUCAAGGUAUUUACCUUACUGAUGGGCCAGUUCGCAGGCCACAACCCGUGGGUAACCCACUUUUGAGGAAAAUUCAACGUUCAUGUCGUCUUUCUUUACCAGAACCUGAUCUGGCGUUGAAUUUAGAUGUUGCAGAUUAUAUCAAUGAGAAACAAGGUCCUGCACCAAGAGAUGCGGUUAUUGCAAUUGUUAAAUUGAUUAAUAGUAGAGAUACACACACUGCAGUAUUUGCCCUAGCUUUAUUGGACGUUUUAGUUAAAAACUGUGGAUAUCCGCUACAUCUACAAAUAUCGAGAAAGGAAUUUUUAAAUGAAUUGGUAAAGAGAUUUCCAGAACACCCCCCUAUGAGAUACUCUAAAGUUCAGCGUUUAGUUCUUACUGCAAUUGAAGAAUGGUAUCAAACUAUCUGUAAGCAUGCUUCUUAUAAGGAAGAUAUGGGGUAUAUUAGAGACAUGCAUCGACUAUUGAAAUACAAGGGUUAUAUUUUCCCCAAGAUUAAUGAUUCUGAUAUGGCUGUCUUAAGACCAGCAGAUCAAUUAAAGACACCCAGUGAAAUUCAAAAGGAACAAGAAGUGGCACAGUCGGCGAAAUUAGAAGAAUUGAUUAGACGUGGUAGACCAGAAGAUUUAAGAGAAGCCAACAAAUUGAUGAAAGUUAUGGCUGGUUUCAAAGAGGAUAAUGCUAGAGAAGCUAAACAAACCAUUUUAACGGAAUUAAACAAAUUAAAACGUAAAGCUGAUCUUUUGAAUGAAAUGUUGAGCUCUUCAGAUACUCCAGAUUUGAAAAAUGAGACUGUAAGUGAAUUACAUAGUGCUUUGAAAGGUGCACAACCUAAAUUUCAAGGCAUUAUUGAAGAAGAACACGAAGAUGAUGAAUUGGUUCAAGAUUUACUCAAAUUUAACGAUACUGUUAACCAGUUGUUAGAAAAAAUGGAUUUGUUGAAAGCUGGUGAUUCAGGUGCAGCUUCACAGAUUCGUCCAAGUAACAUUUCAUCUCCUCCUCCUAAUAGUACAAGUGGUGCUCUAGCGACAGAGAUUAAUUUAAUAGAUUUUGACGAUGAACCUGCAGAAAACAGUAAUAAUGUUCAUCAACCUACUUCAGCUGGUGACUCGCAUAGUGAUCCAGUGUCAGACUUACUAGGAGGUUUAGGAGAGUUAUCACUUUCCUCUGGUCAAAGUACACAAAAUUUCGGCCUUGGUGGUAGUAUUCAAUUGGGUUCUUCUCAACCUGCCCCACCUGUAACCAGUAAUGCUACUUCUCAUAGCAAUAGCAAUUUGGACCUUCUUGGAACUCUUUCCUCCCAAAGCACUUCAAGUGGUCAACCUCCCCAACAGAGUAGUAGUGGAUUGGACCUGUUCGGUGAUUUUCAAGCACCUUCGGGCAAAGUGUUUGUUCACCAAUCUAAUCAUUUAAAGAUUCAAGGUUCUUUUAACAGAGACAAUAAACAGACUAUAAAAUGUAAAUUUUUCUUUUCAAAUGUCUCUGUAUCUGCUAUUCAAGGAUUAACUCAUUUAGUUGCAGUUCCCAAACAUUUGCAAUUAAGACUAUUGCCACAAUCUGGUAGUACCUUGGGUGGAUUUAUCAAUGAAGGUGUUACACAAGAGGCCUAUAUUGAGGGUACGCCAGAGGCUAUUGCAGAUGCUGUUAAAAUGAAAUGGAAGGUUACUUAUAACGUAGAUGGAAAACCUGUCGAAGAGACAGCCGUCUUUACUUUGCCCAAAGUGUAG